AUGCUGGCCCUUGAAUGUCCAUGGUUCCUCCCAACUGAUCCCGACAUCGUGAGGCUCGCUCCGAUGAAGAAGCUCUACAUCUGUGGCACUGGUGGCUACGUGGACCUCCAAAAGAUGCUGAUUGAGGACAUGUCUGAGCGGAAAGUUGAGUGCGGAGCCUGCCUGACUGCAUUGAACCAGUACGAGUUCUCCGGACCAUCCCUAAAGAAUGCCAUUGACGCUGCAAUCGCUCAGAGCAAAUCUUCUGUUGACCAGCCUGCCAAGGAGGAUGAGGCAGAGACGCCUGCUGCUGACGCUAGCGCUGCGGCCAAUGUUGGGCCUGCUGCCACUGACGCAGAAGCACCAGAUGCAUGGAGAAAGUAUGUGGAAUCCUUUGCUCCACACAUUGAGCUUCUCGAACCAGGCAAGUUCGGCAAGACAUUGCCUUACCGUUGUCGGCUAUGCCGCACCCGGCGGCAAGUGGAUGGCAAAGUAGGCGACUUGGUGGAGCCCAAAGUUUCUGCGGCCAAGUACUAUCUGGGACAGCAUUUCAGGACACAAAAGCACAUUGAACAAUUGGCAGCUUUUGAGAAAGAAGGACAGCCACAGAAUCAGAAGGAAAUCGUCCCGUGUCAGGGCUUGCAAGUCAAAAAUUCCAUCUCUGGUGGCCUACUUUACUACAUGCGCACUGAGUUUUCCACAUGGGCUGCCUUCACAAAUUUGGAGAGCUUGGCAACGCACUCCUAUUGGCAAGAGCCAAAUGGUGCUGGUUGGAUCAUACGAUCCUCGGGCUGUGAUCAAAACAUGGAAAAGACAAAGGAAGAUUGGCAGACAUGUCCGGAGUGCAUCCACUUGGGUUCUGGAAAGAGAUCAGUGGUGAGAAAUGUGACCCGCUUCACUCAAAAGUACCUCUGGGCCAAGCUCCUGAAUGCCAGACUUUUUCAGGGAGCUGAAGCACGUGAGUUGGUGGAAGAGGAAGUGCGAAAAUCAGCAGCAUUUCGUUCUGACCCCAAGGAAGCAGAGAAAGUCUUGAAGCUUCCAAACCACCAUUUACAGCAGCUGGUACGUGCCACAUGGACGCACACCAAUGCAACUCAAGUCACCCCGCAAUGCUUGGACUUCCUCACUACCGUGGUCAAACCCACACUCCGGUGCAACGUCAGUUCAUUUGAGGGGUGCUUCCAAGAUGUCGCGGCCCGUUUUGAGGCCAUGAUAGCCAGCCGGGAUGUCAAUGAUGCGGAACUGUCCAAGCUGAAGCUGGCCGCGGCUGCCUUGGAUGGAAGCAUUGAAAGCAACCCUCUUCUGGAGGGGAUGGCUCUUGCCUGCCUCCGUUUGAUGGACAAGCAAAAGAGGGGAGUCGAGACGAUGGCUGGCCGCCCCAGCAAAGACCGCACUGAGCGAGAAUUUGCACUGGUGGCUGACGCAGGGAUGCGUUUGGCUAUGGCGACUGGCAACGGAAAGCUGGGCAAGCAGUUUGGCAUUCGAGGCGACAUCAGGACCAAACUUGAUGACCUGCAUGGAAUGAGCAUACCAUGUCCAGCAGUAGCACUGAUAUGGGAUGAAGUGAUGCGGGAGAACUGCAAUCUUCUCGACCAGCGCUUCAACGUGAAGCCGUACUCACUGAAGCGCCGGCUCUGGUGCUGCUUUGAUGCAACGUACCUUUCACCGGCGCUUUGCCAGUUGCAGCUCCACAACAAGUAUGGUUUGGUCGGGGGUGUAUGGGCACCAGGUGCUGAAGAGGCUUGUUUCAUCGACAUGGACGAUGCAGUUGAGGUCAAAAACAUACCUCGAGCAUCGACGAUGUUAGAAUUCUUGGUGUAUGACCCUUGUGCCGUGCGCAAGACACCCUUCUCCGUGGCUUCCAUGCCCAUGGAUCAUUCGUUUGGAGGCAAUGGUGUACAUGGAUCUCUGAAGGCAAACUGGGCAAUGCUGGAGGUGGUGGGCAGGUUUUUGUCCUAUGCCCACAAGGUGGUACUUGGAGUUUGCUUCGAUGCUCACUCCUCACAUUCAUUUGUGAGGAAGCUGCUCCAUGGGCAAACUGAUGACGUCAAUCUCGACCACUUGGAGAAGGUACCCUUCUUUUCAAAAUUGACCUACCGGCCCUUGCCAAAACACAAUUUGCCAAGGCUGCCCCUCCAAAUAGCCUUGCAUGAAGACCAGCCGUUCUUUGCAAUGUGCGGACCGUGCCUUCGGCAGAACGGCCUACCGCCAAGUGCAUAUGCCCGCACCAACCCCAUGAGUGACAAGCUAAACGCUUUGAUCAACAAUCCCUUCUUUCUGGUUGAGUCGGCAGAUGGGCCAUUGUCAAGUCUCCAUGUGCCCUGGUGCAACAAGGGCAUGACAGUCCACAAUCUGGUGGUCAGUCUUUGCACGAGCCCAGUGACACACAAGGAUCUGUCCUUGGCUCAAAGGUGUGAAGCCAGCCUUGCUGGUUUCUUGGCCCUGGACAUGUUCAGGAUGCUGUCAAUUCAGAUUUCAGCAGAGCUGGGUUUACCCACAGGCUCGACCUUCAUGUCGGGUCAAACUAUGUGGAAUUUACAGGGUUCUGCCCUCGCCACGGUUGCAAUUUCCUGUGCGAAACCCAAAGGGUUCGCACCAUGGAAACAUGGUGAAGGACGCCUAUCAGAGAUAGCGGUAGAGCAGUUCUUUGGCCAGCUGCGCGGCCAAUUGCUGCAGCAAGACGUGCAAUCAAGGUCAGUGAUGAGCUCAACAAGGCCAAGAACAACUUCCCGGAUGCCAGCAAAACUGGAGAAGAUCCUUUGA